AUGAGCCAGCCAACUCCGACGUCCGCCCACGCGGCGGCGUCGCCGUCAAGCGCCAUCCCCGAAGGCCCUGGAUCGGCCCAGGAGUCGACGGGCAUCAGCUUAAUCGCCUUCAUUUCCGCCUUAGCCGCCUCGCUGAUCGUCUUUGGCGUUCAGAUGAGCCUCUUCUUUUUCUUGAGAAACAAGCUGGUUAGGAUAUUUAAACCAAAAACUUACCUCGUCCCAGAGCGGGAGCGCACUGAUCCCCCGCCAUCCAGCCACUGGGCUCUGGCUUUCAAGCUCAUGAGCUUCGAGGAUCGCGAAAUCAUCAAGAAGUGCGGCCUCGACGCCUACUUUUUCCUGCGCUAUCUGCAAACACUCCUCAUCAUCUUCAUCCCCAUCGCUCUGGUUGUCAUUCCCAUCCUCAUCCCCCUGAACUACAUCGGGGGGCUUGGUCGCGAUGUCGUUAACGGCACCAUCGACGGCGGCGUCACCGAUGGAACCGUCACUAUCAGCGUGCCUACCGGUUUGGACACGCUCGCUUGGGGCAACGUAGCCCCGAACAAGCAGGAUCGUCGUUGGGCCCACCUUAUCCUCGCCUUGCUUGUCAUCCUCUGGGUGUGUGGUGUCUUCUUCGCCGAGCUCAAGGUCUACAUCAAGAUUCGCCAAGACUACCUCACCAGCGCCGAGCACCGUUUGCGCGCUUCUGCCAACACCGUGCUUGUGAGCUCUAUUCCCGACAAAUGGCUGAGCGAGACCGCUCUGAGAGGUCUGUUCGAUGUCUUCCCCGGUGGCAUUAGAAAUGUCUGGAUUACCCGGGACUUCACCGCACUUCUCGAGAAAAUCCAUGAGCGCGCUCGCAUCCACAAGCAGCUAGAAGAAGCCGAGAGUGAGCUGAUCCGCAAGGCUAAGAGGCGCCAGAUGAAACAGGCAAGGGAGGGUACCCUCAUUCAGAGAAUGAAAGCCCAGAAUAGGGCCGACAGAGCUCAGCGUGCGAAAGAGGAGGACGAGGCGGCCCAGCGACGUGCCGAAGGCGAGGGCGGCUUGAGUGCUCAUACGCCUCAUCUGCCGCACGGAAUUCAGGAGGCUGUUGCGGAAGCGGAAGGGGACAAGUUUGAUCCCAAGAUCAACCACGGAAGACCGGGAAGCCCUUUUGGCAAAAUCGGUCGCGGUAUCGGGAAAGGCGUAGGCAAGGGAGUCGCUGUUGUUGCCGGGGCCGGCAUGGGAUUGGUUGAGGGCGCCACAGCUGCCAUACGUAGGGGCAUUGAUGAGGAGCUUGAACGAAAGGCGGGUUUUGGCUUUGUCAAAACCGACGACCCGCGUCGUCCUGCGUCUCCUAUAACCCCUGACUCUGGCUCUGCUCAUGGCGGCGAUACCGAUGAUGACUACCGACCCAAGGUAUCUUUCGCGUCCGAGGCUCCUUUGAAGUACAGCAGCAGUCCAUCUGGGAGCUCCCAGGAAGCUCAAGACGACUCCAAGGCGAAGAAUCGGCAGUCUGCACGGCAGUCCUACCUCCGGCACUACGGCAACACCACUCGCCGUGCGACGAAUCUGGACGAGAUGAUCGUCACGAAGAAGACUCGCUGGUGGGAGUUUUGGAAGCCGCCUACAGGCAGCUACGCAUCGCCUAUCCCUCAAGGCUAUGAAGAACGGGAGCAAGACUGGAAGGACGAUCAUAAAUCAUUCUGGGAUAUCCUGAGGAAUUCGGUUCCCCUUCUGCGGGACCCCGGUCCUGCGGUUGAAUAUCCGCCCGCGUACACGCGCGACUACACGACACAGCCCGAGGAGGAUGCCGAAUGGAGGAAGUGGCUGAAGCCUGAGGAGCGACCGCGUCAUCGCGUCCCCAGAUGGCCUGGAUUACCAUGGUGGCUGCCCCUGAUCUUUCCCCCGAUAGGAAAGAAGGUAGAUACCAUCUAUUGGUGUCGCCAGGAGCUGGCCCGCCUUAACCUGGAGAUUGAGGAGGACCAACGGCACCCAGAGCGUUAUCCCGUCAUGAACUCGGCCUUCAUCCAGUUCAACCAUCAAGUCGCUGCCCAUAUGGCUUGCCAGUCGGUUACGCAUCACAUCCCUAAACAGAUGGCACCACGCAUGGUUGAAAUCUCUCCUGACGACGUCAUCUGGGAUAACAUGGCGAUCACGUGGUGGAAUGAAUGGGCUAGACGUGCGGUUGUCUUCCUGCUCGUGACCGCCAUGGUUGUCCUUUGGGCGUUCCCCGUUGCCUGGACGGCCUCUCUCUCCCAGAUCGACGCUCUGAUUCGCAAGUAUGACUGGCUGAGCUUUCUGGUGGAGAAUGAGACUUUGCACAACGCUGUCAAGGCGAUAGCGGGUGUCUUGCCGGCGCUGGUACUGUCUCUGAUCCUGGCAUUGGUACCCAUCGUCCUCGGUUACCUGGCUACCUGGCAGGGAGCGAAGACGGGCGCGAGCAAGUCUGAGACGGUUCAAGUCUAUUACUUUUCUUUCCUCUUCGUCCAGGUCUUCCUCGUCGUCUCCAUCGCAUCCGGUACUUUCCAAACGAUUGCUCAUCUCACAUCAAACCUCCAGGACACGCCCCAGGUGCUUGCCGAGAAUCUGCCCAAGGCAGCCAACUACUUCUUUGCGUACAUGAUUCUGCAGGCGUUAUCGACGAGCUCCGGUACGCUGCUCCAGAUCGGCACGCUUUUCAUCUGGUACAUCUGGGCGCGCAUUGUCGACAACACGGCCCGUGCCAAAUGGACGCGCAACACGCAGCUGCCGACUGUCACCUGGGGUUCCUUCUUCCCCGUCUAUACGAACUUCGCCUGUAUCGCGCUCAUCUACUCCAUCGUCGCCCCGCUCAUCUCUCUCUUCGCCAUCAUCACAUUUAGCCUGCUGUGGGUCGCUCACCGCUACAACAUGCUCUAUGUGACGCGCUUCAAGACCGACACUGGCGGCAUCUUGUACCCGCGCGCCAUCAACCAGACUUUUACGGGCUUAUACGUCAUGGAGCUGUGCAUGAUCGGCCUGUUCUUCCUCGCCCAGGACGAGACGGGCGUCAAUGUCUGCGUCCCGCACGCCAUCAUCAUGAUCAUCGCCUUCUUCCUUACGGCGCUGUACCAGUACGUGCUGAACUCAUCAUUCGGCCCGCUCCUCCGCUACCUGCCCAUCACAUUCGAAGAUGAGGCCGUGCUCCGUGAUGAGGCGUUCCGGCGUGCCCAGGCUCGCCGCCUAGGCUUGAUCACGGAGGACGACGAGGCUACCGACCUCACCAACCCCGCAGGUGACCACUCAGCCGAUGAUAUCGAACUCGAAAAGCUGGGCGACAAGACCAACGACACUCACGGGAAAGGCCAUCGCCGAACUGCCUCAACUUUCGACCGCUUCCGGCACCAGGCGGGCACUUGGGCUGCGCGCAGCGGCAAGCAAGUGAUGCGUGCCGCAACCUUUGGCGGGCGCGCCGAGGACGCCCUGCGCCAGGCAGCUCAGUAUCGGCGCGAGCGCCGCCAAAAGGAUCUGGAAGCGCAGCGUGCGAUGGGAGAAGCCCUCUUUGGCGGGUACUGCGACGGAGUCGAAGACUUGACUCCCCACGAGCGCGACGCGCUCGUCCGCAAAGCGUUCCAGCAUUCGGCGAUGCGGGCACGUAGACCGGUUGUGUGGAUCCCGCGGGAUGAUAUUGGCGUGAGUGAUGAUGAGAUUCGAAGGACGAAGGAGUUUAGCGAGUAUAUCUCGAUUACGAAUGAGGGCACCGCUCUGGAUAGCCGGGCGAGAGUGUUGUAUGGACGGAAUCCGCCCGAUUUUUCCGAGGUGGAUUUGAUCAACCUGUGA